ACAGAAAGACAAACACAAAGGUACUGGACACAAAUCAAUGCAGUCAUACUGAGUUACGAGUUUGGAGUAGAAGAAAGCUGAUUGAUUCAGGCUGACACGUAUUAAUAUCAUAAGCAAAAUGUUUCGAUUUAUGUUUCUGGUCUACUUGUUCGCAUCGCCUGGUUCACCCUCAUCCACCACUACCACUAACCCAAAUGAAUCUACUACUGGAGCUAUAGGAACUGGACAACCACAACCCAUAACACAACAAUUCCCAUCCAAUGCCACCAACACAGCUGAAUCCACUACUGAAGCUACAGAAUCUACAACAACUCUGGGGAUGACUACAUCAACCACCUCUCCUACCACUACAUCAACCACAUCCCCUACCACUACUGAAGCUACAGAAUUUACAACAACUCUGGGGAUGACUACAUCAACCACCUCUCCUACCACUACUGAAGUUACGGAAUCUACAACAACUCUGGGGAUGACUACAUCAACCACCUCUCCUACCACUACAUCAACCACAUCCCCUACCACUACUGAAACUACAGAAUCUACAACAACUCUGGGGAUGGCUACAUCAACCACCUUUCCUACCACUGCUGAAGUUACAGAAUCUACAACAACUCUGGGGAUGACUACAUCAACCACCUCUCCUACCACUACAUCAACCACCUCUCCUACCACUACUGAAGUUGCAGAAUCUACAACAACUCUGGGAAUGACUACAUCAAUUACCUCUCCUACCACUACCGAAGUUGCAGAAUCUACAACAACUCUGGGGAUGAUUACAUCAACCACCUCUCCUACCACUACUGAAGUUGCAGAAUCUACAACAACUCUGGGGAUGACUACAUCAACCACAUCCCCUACCACUACUGAAGCUACAGAAUCUACAACAACUCUGGGGAUGACUACAUCAACCACCUCUCCUACCACUGCUGAAGUUACAGAAUCUACAACAACUCUGGGGAUGACUACAUCAACCACCUCUCCUACCACUACAGCAACCACCUCUCCUACCACUACUGAAGCUACAGAAUUUACAACAACUCUGGGAAUGACUACAUCAACUACCUCUCCUACCACUACUGAAGUUGCAGAAUCUACAACAACUCUGGGGAUGAUUACAUCAACCACCUCUCCUACCACUGCUGAAGUUACAGAAUCUACAACAACUCUGGGGAUGACUACAUCAACCACCUCUUCUACCACUACACCAACCACCUCUCCUACCACUACUGAAGUUGCAGAAUCUACAACAACUUUGGGGAUGCUUACAUCAACCACCUCUCCUACCACUGCUGAAGUUACAGAAUCUACAACAACUCUGGGGAUGACUACAUCAACCACCUCUCAUACCACUACAUCAACCACCUCUCUUACCACUACUGAAGUUGCAGAAUCUACAACAACACUAGGGAUGACUACGUCAACCAACCCUCCUACCAGUACAAAUUUAACAUCAGUCUUCGGAAAUCUCAUGUUAACUUCUGUGGUUGAACUUAACAAUGACAGAGCUAUAAUAGUAAUGGAACAGUUUGAAAAGUACCUUCAGACACAGAACAUCACUGUGAAGAUUAAAGUGACACAUGUGGAGCAAGUUGGGGGCGAUGAGUAGGCUAGGCUAGUUGAUAAGGACAGUCAAUCAGAGUUUUUCUUGAAGAGCUGAAUGACCUGUUAUCUGUGACUUGCAUUGAGUAUAAUGUCUUAUCAUAUAUAUAGCAGGGGAUGUGAACUUCCAUAGAUAUUGCAGAGAAUAAUUUUACCAAGGAUUUCCUUACUCUUCUUGACACUGGCGAGUCACGCUGCUCCGUCCUGUUUUCGAUGAUUUUCAUAAUUUUAGUAAUGUUUAGUGUGCUUGGCUAAUUGAACUAAUUCACAGUUUAUAGAUGCUAUUUUCAUUCUUAUAGUCUUUGUCUAUCAUUUUUCAGCCAUCAUGUUUCCUCAUCUAUAGACAUGUUUGCUAAGCAUAGACAUUAUUUUCAAUAGUUUUGUCCAUAUCGGGAUACUAUUUGUCUAUUGUGGCUGAUUGGCCUGCCUUUCCUGUUUGGUCUGUUCAAUGACAACAUGAUGUGCACAGUU